CUUUUCAUUUCUUCCUAUGAAUCGACGUUUCUCUUUCAUUUGCAACUUGUUUGUUUACUAAGGGGGCCAAAAAAAAAAAAAAAAACAGCCUGCACAUACCACUGCCGCCUUUGGUUUAUAGCUUCUAAAUCCAACUAGAGAACUAGGUUGUCUUCAUUUGCUCAGCUAAUUCACUACAAGUAAAAUCACAUGGAUUGGUAUCUCUGUAAUGGUAUGGAGGAUCUUGUUGUCCCCAGAAAUCAAGAAUUAGAAGAUAAUAUCCCUUCCCCAGAAAGUUGGUCAAAAUGGGAAUUCAGCCCUCCUGCAAAUUUUAACGAUGAAUGCUUUGGCGUGGACACGAAUUUAAGUGGUGAUAAACCCAAGUUUAGCGGCAAAUUAUGCCAUGAUGUAGCUGAUGUUAAGGAUCCAUCAAUCUGUUCGAGUGUAUAUGGAGGUUUCUUGAAUCAGGGUCACAUUUUUCAACAGCAGACGGAUUACCAGCUCCACGAUUUCGGCAGAUUCGAGCAGCUCGAUGACAUAUUCUUGGGUUCCUUAUUGGAAGAUCCUACUUGGAGUGAAGAUCUUCAAAAAUCGUUUUGCUUUUCUCCUGAGUACGAGUGCGAGACGAUGGCAACUGAUCAUCUUCUGGAAGAUGCAUCUUUUGCCAAAAUAUUGGUUCCUCCUGAACAGAUAACUGCAAACGGACUUGUCUCAAAAGGAAUUUCACUUGAAGAAUCGGUUUUGAAGGAGCUUGAAACGGUGACGGCUCAGCUGUCUGAUAAGACUCGAAUUUGCUUCCGAGAUGCAUUUUACCGUCUUGCCAAGAACUCGAAACAGAAUCCUGUAGCAUUAAACCAACAAGGAAACCUCCAUGUUCGAACUCAUUCUCCGAAGUGGACAAUCUCAGAGGAGAAAAUAAGGUCUGGGAAAAAGGAAACAACUGAAUCAGAGACCAACACCAUCGAUCGAACUAUCGCGAACCUCACAUUCGAUAAGAUGGAUAUGAACGUUCGAGACUUUCCGGUUUGCCACACCCGACAACUCUAAGCAAAAUUGUCAUCGAAGUGACUGGAAAAGCAAACACGAGUUUCAAGUCAGUCGCUCAGAGAUCCAUUACGCUAGGCACGAAGUGAUGCCGGAGUUGCAGACAUGGAUAUGCCUCGAGAACUGAUGCAACCGACAAGAAUACCACGACUUAAAAAGAAUGAUUGAAAGGGAAGCUCAAAGGAAAAGAUUUAGAUUAAAUUCUUUUGGGCGUGUUUCAAUCAUUGAAUAUGUGUAUAUAUUGCUGCUGCUCUCUGCUCGGCUCAGUUUUGAUAGAAGCAGUUGUAGAAAUUGCUUCAAAUUGCAUAGUACCAUGUGUUAAUUUUGACUCACCAUGAAUGUUACAUUAGUAUGUAUUUAAUGCUUUAGUGCCAACAUAUUGAAGUUUCCAAGACCGUUGUUUAACAUCAA